CCAGAGAGGUGUCCAGAAGGGGGAACGUUUCCUGGGCACUAAGGUAUUUGCAACUCUGUGGAAAGGCAACUGCUGAUUCGCUGCCCAAGCGUGGCGGACGUGAAACACUGGAAGAGGUUCACACGCUGGAAAGUUGCUGCAACAACUGAUCACCAGACACCGAGAGCAAUCCCACACAGAGUCAUCGAUGCCCAUGGUCCCUUCUGCAGCUCAGGCCAGGGUGGGAGCGUCUCCAGCAACUCGCCAUGCCAAACGACAGCCUGGAGCUCAGCAGCCUGGACGGGAUUUACAUCGGUACCGAGUGCUUGGUUGCUCUGUCUGCCACUUUGGGUAACAUCCUGGUCAUCUGGGUGGUGAAGCUGAACUCGACGUUCCAGAACACGACUCUGUACUUCAUCGUCUCCCUGGCGCUGGCCGACAUCGCAGUGGGGAUCCUCGUCGUGCCCCUGGCCAUCGUGGUGAGUCUGGGCAUCCGCGUCCACUUCUACACCUGCCUAUUCAUGUGCUGCCUGAUGGUGGUUUUCACUAACGCGUCCAUCCUCUCCCUCCUGGCCAUCGCGAUCGACAGGUACCUGCGAGUGAAGCUGCCAACCAGAUAUAAAAUAAUCACUACAGAAAGAAGAGUUUGGUGGGCACUGGGUUUGUGCUGGUCUGUGUCCCUGCUGGUAGGAUUAGUCCCCAUGUUUGGAUGGAACAAGGCAGAACCAAGAGACUCUGACUUUCUCAGGUGUCAAUUUUCCUCUGUGAUGAGGAUGGAUUACAUGGUAUAUUUUGGCUUCUUCACAUGGACCCUUGUCCCUCUGCUCAUCAUGUGUGCUCUGUAUGCUGAAAUCUUCCACAUCAUCCGGACAAAGCUAAGUCAAGGUACAACCAGAGGGGCGGGAGGUUUUUACGGACAGGAGUUCAAGACAGCCAAAUCUCUAGCACUUGUUCUCUUCCUGUUUGCGAUAUCCUGGUUGCCUCUGUGCAUUAUAAACUGUGUUUCCUAUUUUUGCCCUGACUGUCAGAUCCCCCCGUAUUUGAUGUACUUGGGAAUCCUGUUAUCCCAUGCCAACUCUGCCAUGAACCCCAUUGUCUACGCUUGCAAGAUAAAGAAGUUCAAAACCACGUACCUUUUAAUUUUAAGGACCUAUAUCCUGUGCAAAAAAACAGCCCCAGUUCUUACAGAGCAAACAACAGACCAACAGUCAUAAACAAAGAACAAAUCUUGACCUGCCAGUAUCUACCAGACCAUUGAUAAACCACUUGCUUUGAUAAGGAACUCAUGGGAAAAUGUGUGUUCUGUUUCAUCUCCUCCCGCUCUCGCACGAACUGUUUCAUGACAAGGACAAGUUCCUCUUAGUCAAGCUGAUGCACAUCUGACAUUAAGCUCAAAAGGAUCAUUCAUGAUCUUCUGCAUUACUGUACCCCAGAGAAUUCUCCUUGGUGGGUGCUGUACCAAGCCCAGAUCUU